AUGAAGAAGACAAAGUGUGAUGGCGAAUUCCCGUGUAAGCGAUGCAAAGAUGAUGGCCUUGUCUGCACUGCAGGAACGCGGAAGAAGACUGAAUAUAAGCAACUGCCCCGAGGGUAUGCCGAGGUGCUUGAGAACACCCAGUUCGCUCUCAUUGCCACAGUGCAUAAGCUAUACGCGAUGGUCCGCAGUGGCCAACAGUGGGAUCUCGGUGAGCCGGAUCUGAAUGAUCGCGGCCAGCCGGUGAUCCAUAACAUUGCCUCCAAGCUCGGCUGCAUACGACCGAACAGCGACAUGGACCUUCCAGUUCACUCCGUCUUCCCGGAAGACGAGGCAGGGCUCGCAGAAUUGGCGGCACAAUUGGAGGCGCAACAAAGGGAACACGACACGCAUCCGGGUGUGAAGGCCGAGACCGACUCGAGUUGUAAUCGAACCGACCGCGCAAGCUCAUCGGAGCUCGAUCACUCGGACUUUGAGCAAGACUAUCGCAAGGCAGCUUUUGGUGGAAACACCGUGACUCUUUCGCCACAGAGCCUCUCGUACGACAGCUUCGACGGCUACUCAGCUCCAUCGGAGAGCUUAGCUACGCAGUCACCUACCGUACCAACCUCGUACGCCCCAUGGACGGCGCCUCGACAGGCCACCACGAUGAACUUUGGUCCCCAGCAAUAUUUCCAACAACCAAAUUCCUACAUGGACAUGGAUAUGUUAAAUCAGGGUCUCAUGGAGUCGGAGUUUGGAACCAUUAAGCCACACAUGCUCUCAUGUCCCAACCCCGAAGUGAUGAUGGGCGUUGGCGACCCGAUGAUCUACUCUGGCUACGACGGCGAGACAUUACGAUUGUAA